CCGAAUGCUAUUAAAAUUGUCUAAUAAUUAUUUGUACAGUAUCUGUUUCAUUCUUGGUAACAUUAUGAUACUCUUCUAGAUUUUUUUUUAUCAUAAUUGUCAACUGUCAAAACCAAUCUGUAUUAUUCGAGAUUUGUAUAAAACAACAAAAUGCAACCUCAGAUUCUGGUGUUGAGGGAGGGCACAGAUCAGUCACAGGGCAAACCGCAGCUGAUCUCCAACAUCAAUGCUUGCCAACUGGUUGUCGAUGCUGUGCGUACAACCCUGGGCCCGCGUGGCAUGGACAAGCUGAUUGUAGAUCACAACGGUAAAGCGGUUAUCUCCAACGAUGGCGCCACCAUCAUGAAGUUAUUGGACAUCGUGCACCCGGCUGCGAAGACUCUGGUCGAUAUUGCAAAGUCACAGGAUGCAGAGGUCGGCGAUGGGACUACGUCAGUUGUGAUCUUGGCUGGUGAGCUCCUGAAGCGAUUGAAGCCUUUCAUUGAAGAAGGCGUCCACCCUCGCAUCAUAGUUCGCGCGGUCCGUACCGCGUCGUGGCUCGCCGUCGACAGAGUGAAGGAGUUGUCUGUGAGAAUCGACAACAAAUCGCCAGAUGAGCAGAGAGAGCUGCUGAGGAAGUGCGCCGCCACAGCCAUGUCGUCCAAACUGAUCCACCAGCAGAAAGACCACUUCUCCAAGAUGGUGGUGGACGCUGUGCUGUCGCUGGACGCGCCCCUGCUGCCGCUAGACAUGAUUGGAAUCAAGAAAGUGUCAGGAGGUGCCCUGGAGGACUCGUUCCUGGUGGCGGGCGUGGCUUUCAAGAAGACCUUCUCGUACGCCGGCUUCGAGAUGCAACCAAAGAGCUACGACAACUGCAAGAUCGCCCUCCUCAAUAUCGAAUUGGAGCUGAAGGCCGAGAGGGAUAAUGCCGAGGUGCGCGUGGACAACGUGAAGGAGUACCAGAAGGUGGUGGACGCCGAGUGGCAGAUCCUGUACGAGAAGCUGGCUGCUAUACACGCGAGCGGUGCCAACGUCGUGCUCAGCAAGCUGCCCAUCGGGGAUGUCGCCACCCAGUACUUCGCAGACAGGGACAUGUUCUGCGCGGGCCGCGUGGCCGAGGAGGACAUGCGGCGCACGCAGCGCGCGUGCGGCGGCGCGGUGCUGAGCUCGGCGCGCGACGUGCGGCGCGCCGAGCUCGGCGCCUGCAGGCACUUCACCGAGCGCCAGGUCGGCGGCGACCGCUACAACAUCUUCACCGGCUGUCCAGCCGCGAAGACGUGCACGCUGGUGCUGCGCGGCGGCGCCGAGCAGUUCCUCGAGGAGACGGAGAGGUCCCUGCACGACGCCAUCAUGAUCGUGAGGAGGACCAUCAAAAAUGACGCGGUAGUUGCCGGUGGCGGCGCGAUCGACAUGGAGGUAUCGAAGCACCUGCGCGAGUACUCGAAGGGCGUGGCGGGCAAGGAGCAGCUGCUGCUGGCGGCCGCCGCGCGCGCCUUCGAGGCCAUCCCGCGCCAGCUGUGCGACAACGCCGGCUUCGACGCCACCAACCUGCUCAACAAGCUGCGCCAGAAGCACCACCAGGGCGAGGUGUGGUACGGCGUGGACAUCCAGCGCGAGGACAUAGCGGACAACUUCGCGAACUGCGUGUGGGAGCCCGCCGUGGUGAAGGUGAACGCCGUCACCGCCGCCUGCGAGGCCGCCGCACAGAUUUUGUUGGUGGAUGAAACCAUAAAGAACGUGAAGGGUGGAGACGCGCCCCCUCAGAUGCCGGGUCGUGGCAGAGGCCGUCCGCGCAUGGGAUAAGGAAGCAACCACAAUAUGCUCUAAUGUAACAAUUCCCUAUAGACGAAUGUAAAAAUGCACGUGUAUGGGCAUAAGCGUAAUUAAAAAAAGGCGGGGUUGGCUGUGCCCACUCUAGAACUGUCCGGUGUCCACCGCAAGAUGUGAGCGAAGCUUCGCAGAGACAUCUCUGAAAGCACUUUUUCCCACGCAUAACCACUCUUUGGAAUCAACUUCCAGCAGCAGUAUUUCCGAACCGAUACGACAACAUAACCUUCAAGAAAAGAGCAUAUUCCUUUUUUAAAGGCCGGCAGCACACCUGCAAUGCCGUGUGUUGUGUGUGAUCAUGGGCGGCGGUAGUCACUUACCAUCAGGUGAGCCGCAUGCUCGUUUGCCCCCUGUGUUGUAAAAAAAAUAAGGGCCGAUUGUAAAGCGUAAUUUUUCAAAUAUUUUAAUGUAAUAGUUUCGUGAAAUUACUGUUUUGUGGACAGUCAUAAAGUCAUAAAGUAAAUGCGUCAGGCUCGUGCUCGAAUCACAGUCGCUUGUGACUAAGGGUCCCGAAUUGAUCCCGAAACUAGUCGAACUUUCUCGAUCUAAUUACGUAUUAUUAUGUCAUAUAAAAGUAUUAAGUGGCCCGUACACGUGCAUGAUAGUCGUCUAAAUGUUGUAAAAUUCGACUAAAAUUAUAGGGUACAUGAACAUUGUAUCUGCCUUAUUGCUUUCACAAAGUUAAAACGCUAGUUUUUAAGUUAUUUUAGUAUAUUAUUAAUUAUAAUAAUAAAUUACUAAACCAAA